GUCGCGACAAACUUAAAUGAGCGCGCGACCGAUGGAGGCGACGCCGCCCUCCACCGUGCUCGUCCACUCGCUCGUCAAGCUCAUCCCGUUCGCGGUCUCGGCACUGAGCAUGGCGAUGCUCGUGCUCAUGUACUGGCGCUUCCAAGUGCUCUCUAGCUCGCUCUCGACCGUGCCGAUUGCAUUUGUGCGACUCAACGUCGGCGGCGCGACGUUUCAGACGACGACGGCGACGCUCCUCCAACGCUUCGACUCGAUUUUCCCCGUCGUGCUCUCGGCCCCCAGCUGGCCCCGCGACGAGUCGGGUGCCUACCUCUUUGAUUGGGGCCCCGAAGACAUCCCACUGGUGCUCGAGUACCUCCGCACGGGACGGCUCGAGGCUGGCGCCCCGUGCGGUGACGGCACGGUCGCCAGCAGCCACCACCUCCGGCGGACCUUUGCGUUCUUCCGCCUCUCGCUGCCGCCGGUCUCGCUCGCUUUCCAGCAUACGAUGAAUUCGGACGUCCAAGUCGCCAAGGUGUUCUUGCGCGAACGUGUCUUUUGGGAUGUGGACCGGAGCGACCUGUCGAUCGUGUUUGGCGACGAGGCGCAGGUUGCGACACUUUUGCCGACGGAGCUUAUUGACGGUGUCGACAAUGGCACGUCGCCGCUGCUACCGCCGACGCUCGUGGGCGCGGACGCCGUCAGCGAGUUUGCAGUGUGGACAUCCGACAUGUACCGGAUCGGUCUCGGGAUCGCGCCGCGGCACUGCUUCUGGAGCCUCAUCGAAGACUGCAUGUGGCACCAUGAUGGACUAAGCAGCAACGACGACGACGACGACGACGACGACCGGGUUGCGACGCCGGGGAUUUUACAGCUCCGAUGGGAAGGCAACACGCGGCAUGUGGUUAUCUCACGAGCGACUUGCGACGACCUCGCCAAGUGCAAUGUCGAAUUCCAAAAAGUGGCGACCGUCCAGACGUACUUGGGGCGCAAUGCAGAUGUCUACCCUGACAUUCGCCUCUUUCCCGGCAAUGGCACGUUGACAGUGACCGUGAUCAAUCCUCUGGAAGCGUAUUAACGAAUUGUCAUUGUACAAUUCUAGAAAAAAUUGGAGCUCUGUAUGCAGACGACGACAGACGCCACCGACGAGUUCCAUUUACGUAAUUUAAAUGUGCGUCCUCCGAGUUCGUUAACCA